AUGGAGCGUAGACAAGUACCUGAUCACAUCCUUUUACCACCUUAUGCCAAACUUGGUGCUUCUUCCACCUGGUCUCCUGAUAUCCCAGUGAAUACAGAGAUAGACAUUAUACAUAUGCGAAAAGCAGGCAAGCUUGCAAAAGAGAUCCUAGAGAUGGGUUCUACAUUAUGUAAACCAGGAGUCACUACGGAUAGCAUCGAUAGGGCUCUUCAUGAGGCCAUUAUUAAAAACAAUGCAUACCCGUCUCCAUUAAACUAUAAUGGAUUUCCCAAGAGUGUUUGCACAUCAAUUAACAAUGUGAUCGCACAUGGAAUACCGGAUGAUAGAGAGCUAAAAGACAGCGAUAUUAUUAAUGUGGAUGUUACUGUCUACUUGAAUGGAUAUCAUGGUGAUACCUCUGCCACUUUUUUAGUCGGAAAAAAUGUGGAUGAGCAAGGUAAGGCGCUAGUUGAAUGCACAAAAGAGUGCUUGGAUAUGGCCAUCAAAGCGUGUGGACCAAAAGUGCCUUAUAAAGAGAUUGGCCGUAUCAUCAGUGACUAUGCAGCAAAACACGGUUAUUCUGUAUCAGAUGAGUUGUCUGGACAUGGCAUUGGCAAGGAAUUUCACUGCUACCCUUUGAUUUUACAUCAUGUGAAUGAAGAAGAAGGCUUAAUGAAUCCUGGCACUAUUUUUACUAUUGAGCCAAUGUUAUGUCAGGGAUCUGCUUCCGGUAUUAUGUGGCCAGAUCAAUGGACCAUAUCUACUAUAGAUGGUGGUAGAAGCGCACAAUUUGAACAUACAAUUCUUAUCACAGACGACGGUGUAGAAGUAUUGACAGCAUAA